AUGCCGGCAUCGCACGAAUGCCCGCGUGCGACAGUCGGCGAUGCUGUGGUGCUGCUGUGUCCGCUAUGCGCCAAGGCCGUGCGACUGGUGGGCGACGAGGACCCGAAUGUGACGUGGGCGCGGCAUGAACGGUCCGGAUGCGAUCCCAGCAACCUGCAAAGGGUGGCGAACACACGCAGUUGUGUGGCACAGCGCUGUACGCAAGCUCUGUUUCCUCCCAACACCGUCGCAGCCUACCCUUCCUCCUCUCUCUCCUCACCUCCACACCUCCCUUUCCGUCUCCCUGCAGAGUGGCCAACAAGCCGGUGUGCCGCACAGGGCGGCAAGGAGGUACGUUUCUCCAUUAACAACGUAACGUCGCACCUCGUUCUUCCUCUUCCCUUUUCUCCUCUCCCCACCUCCUCACCUCCCCCUUCCAGAGUGGCCAACAAGUGCCGGUGUGCUGCACAGGGCUGCAAGGAGGUGCUUUCGCCCGCCAACACAGUCACAACUUCCUUUCUGAUUUUCUCACCUCCCCUCCACACCUCCCCCUUUCUGUCUCCCUGCAGAGUGGCCAACAAGUGUCGGUGCGCGGCACAGGGCUGCACGGAGGUGCUCUCCCCAGCCAACACCGUGUCUCUUCUCUUUUCUCCACUCCGCGCCUCCUCACCUCCCCUCUACAGGGUGACCAUCAAGCGCCGAGUGGCCAACAAGCGCCGGUGUGCGGCGCAGGGCUGCAAGGAGGUGCUCUCGCCCGCCAACACCGUCACCUGCCGCGACUGCUCCCGCCAAACCUGCCUGCGCCACCGCUUCGGCGCCGACCACGCGUGCUCGGGCAGCCAAAAGAACUUGCAGCCCGUUUCGUUCUGGGCAGCUGGUGGGGCGUACAGUGAGAAGCUGAUGGCAGGCGUGCAGGGCGCCAUGGCAGGGCUGAUGGCACCGGCUGGUGGUGCAGCUGGUGCUGGCAGCAGCAGUGGCGUUGGUGGCAGUGGUGCAGGCAAAUCAGCUGGUAAAAAUACCAGCACCGGGGUGUCAGCGUGCAGUUUGGCAGUAAUGCUGGGCCUGGUAGUUCAGUGGCAGGGGGGAGCAGAAGCGGUGCAGGUCGGGCGGGUGGUGGCCAAGGGCCUGAGCAAUGCCCAAGAUGCGGGAAACGUUUUCCCGACCCUGUGGCUUUGGUUCGGCAUGUUGAGAAAGAUCAUGAAGGUGCUGUGGGGACUGAUAAGUGCACAAUAA